CCGGUUGUGUGCAUUCUUUAAUGAGUUAUGCCAAAGAGUUGUAGAUAGAAACAAACUAGAAAAAUUGGAGGAAGACAUUGUACAUACAUUGUGCAUGUUAGAAAGGUUCUUUCCUCCUUCUUUCUUCGACGUAAUGGUGCAUUUGACAAUCCACCUAGGACGGGAAGCUCGUCUAUGCGGACCGGUUCAAUAUCGUUGGAUGUAUCCAUUUGAGAGGUAUAUGAAAGUGUUGAAAGGAUAUGUUAUGAAUCGUGCACGACCGGAAGGGUGUAUGGCUGAACGCUACCUCGCUGAAGAGUGUGCUUUGCUAUGUAGCAAGUAUAUAAAGCAAGCUGCUGAUAUAGGCUCUAGAAAUGCACGCAAUGAAGAGUUUGAAAAUGGUUUACUGCUGGAAGGGCGUCCAAUAUCUCAAGGAAAAAGAAUAAUUCUUACAAAUGAGAUGUUACAAGUUGCUCAUCGCCAAGUGCUGUUCAAUAUGGCAGAAGUGCAGCCAUAUAUAGAGAUGCAUUUGGAUGAACUUAGGCAUUCAAAUAGACGUCUAUUAAAGAAUGAAACUUUAUUACAGAAAAAGCACGUGGAGUCAUUUGGCACAUGGUUGGAUGCUAAGAUUAGGGCGGAGGAGAUGGUCCACAAUGUGUCAAAUACUUUAAAGUGGCUUGCGCGUGAGCCUAGUCGCUAUGCAGUUUCAUAUUCUGGUUUUGUUAUCAAUGGUCUUCGGUUUCACACUAAAGAAUUUGAGAAAUCUCGACAAGACAGCGGUGUUUCACUUGAAGCAACAACUAUUUGUAUAUCUAGUGCAAGAGACAAUACACCAGUCACAGGGAAAGUAGCUUAUUAUGGGGUUUUGAGAGAAGUCAUAGUCUUGUCAUAUCAUGAAUUUUAUAUUGCCUUAUUCAAGUGUGAUUGGGCAAGCAUUGUGAAUGGUAUCAAACUAGAUGAUGGAUUUACCUUAGUUAACCUCCACGAAGGACAAAGUCAAUUUGAAAGGGAUCCUUUCAUUUUAGCAUCACAAGCUAAACAAGUUUUUUAUUCUAGGGAGGAUGAGACAUCUAGUUGGUAUGUUGUCAUGAAAGCACCACCCAAAGGAUUUCAAGACUUGGAGAUAUCCGAUGAGAUGGAAAGUGGCACAUCUACCCCAUUUGAUGUAUCAAGACUUGAUUAUGAUGAUAAUGAGGAUGAACAAUAUGUGCGGAUGGACGUUGAUGGAAUGUUUUUUGAUGAGUAGUGCAAUGAAUCGUCUAAGAUUGGAUGUGAAAGGAUAAUAUUAAAUAUAUGUCUUCACUUGGUGUAUUGUGUUCAAUGAAACAAAUGAGUUCUAACUUUUUGUGUUGUAUUGUGUUCAAUGAAAUAAAUGAGUUAUAACUUUUUGUGUUGUAUUCUACUAUACUUCAAUGAGUGGUGAUUUAUUAAAUUUCACUGUCAGCUGAUAGUAUAUAGGGAUAAUAUGUCACUUCAUAGCUAAACCAUGUACUUCUUAUU